GCUGUCAUUAUUCUGAGUCUGCGUGACAACUGUCAAAUUUAGUCAACAAAAACUUUCGUUUUGUAGUCACUUUCUUGUUCUAAUUUUCUUUAUUUUCUCUUUUAAAUAUCUUUAGCUAAUUAAAAUGGCUCGCUAUUUCAAGGAACAAGACAUAGAUGAGUUCCGUGAGUGCUUCUACCUGUUCGCGCGCUCGGGACAGAUCACGUCGCUGGACGAGCUCACCGUCGUGAUGCGGUCCCUCGGGAUGAGCCCCACCAUACAGGAGCUGGCUGGAUACCUGAAGGGCAAGGGAGGGAAGAUGUCAUUUGCAGACUUCUUAGAGGUCAUGCAUAUUCACUCGAGAGCCGAGAAUCUACCUAAUGAGGUGGUGAACGCGUUCAAAGCCGGCGACCGGGACAAGCGCGGCGUGAUCCCGGCGCGGCAGCUGCAGCAUCUGUUGCAGCACUGGGGCGAGGGACUCUCCGCCAGGGAGGUCGAGAACAUCUUCCGUGAGGCGAAUGUCUCGAGCAACGGUUCAGUGCGCUACGAAGACUUCGUCAAGAUCGCGUGCGCGCCCGUGCCCGACUACUACUGAGUACAACGUACUCACGUGUACUCACUGUGAGUACAAUUUGUACUCACGUGUGAAUCACUCUUAUGGCUUGCAGUCUGCACUCUCCGAUCAUUUUUCUGAGUAAAUACUGUGAGUACAAUAUGUACUCACGUGUUAAAAACAUUCUUGCAAGGUAAUCAUUUUAAUUGUUUGACCUGAUGACCAUUUACUUUAGUUUAAGUAUAUGACUAUUAUAGUAAAUCAAUCAUCAAAUAUUCUAAAAAUACUUUUUAAUUGCAGUGUAUUUUUGCUUUAAUUACUAUGUACUUACCUAAUAUUUUAACUGUCUCAGUUUACAUAUACAUGUACAUUCCCAUAAUUAUGUAUAACGCAUUCAUACCGUCCAUAAAUUAUUGCAUUUAAUAUAAUUAUAAUAUUCAUAUUUUAAUUAGUACACGCACUAUACAGUGUUUGGAGUUAAAAAUAAAACAAAUAAAUAUAUUUUUUCAUCAAAUCUUUGUAUUUUAUUUCAUAAUAAUUCAACAGUAACAUUUUCUGAUAUGGCACUAGGUUAUAUGUGGUCCAUUUGAUUAAAUAAUUAAUGACGUUAAGCACCUGUUUCACAAUGUCUCGAUAAAGAAUAUCUGUAUAGUAAAAUCAUUAUGAGAUUGUGAAACAGGCUCUAAAUAUAAAAAUACCCACACAUGGCUGGUAUAUUUCAUACUUAGCAUCAUACUAACCUAACAUAGGUACAUGGGUAACUAUAACUGUAAAAUAAAUACACAAGUAUAGUCAACAAAACAAUCAAUUAAAUAAAAAAAAUAUUUUAAAAUAAUUUUUGUUCAACAACAUGUUAAAAGAUAAACAAUGAUAUGAGUAGUAAUUACUAAUUGACGUUAAA